AUGAGUUUUUCACGAUUUGAUGAAGUGUACAAUAUUCGAGACAUCAAUCUAAUUUUACAUCGACAAUUCCAUUUUGAUAUUCAACCACCGUUUGGCAAACUACUUAUCGCUUUUGUCGUUAGUCCAUUUUGGCAUUUAUCUGUGAAUGAUUGCAAUUUAGUCACAAUUGGACAAACAUAUUCUCCUGAUCUUCCGAUAUUUACUGCGCGUUUGCUACCAGCCAUAUUUGGGUCUCUCUUGGCUGUUUUGUCGUAUUAUACAAUGAGAGAUUUUGCCGUUCGACGACCAUUUGCAGCUACAUCUGGCUUUCUGAUUGCUACCGACCCUGCUCUUAUUUUAUCAUCGCGUGUUGUCCAGUUUGAUUCGUUGGUCAGUUUGUCGUGUGUUGCUAAUUGUUUAUUUUGUUACCGCUUACUGAUGAGAAGCGGUGCUGACACAUUUAAAAAUGCAGUUUUCUUUGGAAUAACAACGUUUUUAGCUGUUAGCUCAAAAUAUAUCGGUGUCUACACCGUAGGUGGUUCACUAUGUUUACUAUUGAAAAAUUACAUUUCAUCAAGAUCAAUGCCAAAAGAAGACCAAGUCGAAGUAAUUUUUUUCUGA